CACAACAAACUUCCAGUGUUGUGGAUUGCUGCUCCCACCUGUGGACAGGUGCAGAGGGAGGCGGGGAAUAAAAGCCAACCCACAUGCAGAUCAGAGUUUACAGCUCGCCUUUUGUCUCUCAUCUCUGCUCGAUCCUGAAUACGACUGUGCCAAAGUUCAGCGCUCACAACUUGGGACAAUAGACGGAAAGAAGACACUGAACUAGAUGUUCUCCUGCAGCUUCAUUUUACAGACUGUCUGUGACACACCUGAGACAGGUGAAGGCAAACACCUGAGACUGUUCAACAAGGCAGCGGGAUUCCUUCCGUUGGCGAUGCCAUACUGAGACCUCAGAAGUUAUUAUCAGUUUUAACCAACAUGGCGACAAGGAAGUCCGACGUCCAGCGAAGGAUUGUGUCCAAGGACGGCCACAACAAUGUGCGGAUCGACAACGUGGAGGGCAUGGUGAAGCUGUACCUGCAUGACAUCUGGACCACCGUGGUGGAUAUGAAGUGGCGCUACAAACUCACCCUGUUCGCCUCCACCUUUGUCAUGACAUGGUUCAUCUUCGGGGUCCUUUUCUACUUCAUCGGCAUGGGCAACGGAGACUUUGAGGCUGAUCUGGCCAACAACCACACAUCCUGUGUGAUGAACGUGGAGACCCUCACCGGUGCCUUCCUCUUCUCCCUGGAGUCGCAGACCACCAUUGGUUACGGUUUUCGUUACAUCUCGGAGGAAUGCCCUCUGGCUAUCUUCACUCUGGUGGCUCAGCUCGUCAUCACUGGCCUGGCUGAGAUUUUUGUCACCGGCGCCUUUCUGGCCAAACUGGCUCGCCCCAAGAAACGAGCAGAGACCAUCAAGUUCAGCCAGUCGGCGGUGAUCUGCCGGCGCCAGGGCAAGCUGUGUCUGAUGGUGAGAGUGGCAAACAUGAGGAAGAGCCUUCUGAUCCAGUGCCAGCUGACAGGAAAGCUCCUCCACUCCAACGUAACGGAGGAAGGCGAGAAGACGCAAAUCCACCAGAGCCCUGUGAACUUCAACAUAGACUCCAGUGGAGAGUGUCCCUUCCUCAUCCUCCCACUCACCUUCUAUCACGUCCUGGACGAGCACAGCCCGCUAGCAGGACUCAACGCUGUAAACCUGCACAGUCGUGAUUUUGAGCUGCUGGUGACCCUCAACGCCACCAUGGAGUCAACGGCCGCCACGUGCCAGAGCCGCACCUCCUACAUCCCUCAGGAGAUCCUCUGGGGUUACGAGUUCAAGCCGGUGCUGUUCAGCACCACGGGCGGCCGCUACGUGGCAGAUUUCAACUUUUUUGACAAGGUGCAAAUGAGCAACGAUGCAGCCUUCAUCAGUAACAACACAGAGAAGCUCAAACUGGAGGAGGACUAUAAGAAAGAGUAGAGGUUACGUACAUUAUCAUCGCUACUGUUUAAUGUAACAAUGAUAUGGUAGAAGCAGAAUAGAGAUUUACGGCACAUUUUCACCUACUUCCAAGGUGCAGUCUGAAGAGCAGCACUUGUAACUGAAUUAUUAGACCAAAGCAUUUUGGCUUGUGGCCUUCACCAGAUCAUCAUACUACAUGUACAUACAGCAUUUGAAUAGGGGAGGUGCGGGGCAGAGACUUCGAUUGAACCGAACCAAACAGGGCAGGUGUGAAAUCAGUCGUAGUCUUGAGAUGAAUAUUUCACAUUUUAGUCAAUUUAAUCCUUCAUAAUUUUAGUUGACGAAAAAUUAAAAAAUGUUUUAGUCAACUUUUGGUGUUUUUUAACUAAUCCAGUGAGGCUAAUUUUUGUAUCAGAUUUUAGAAUUAAAGUGACAGGUUGAAUAAAAAUUUCAUUUAGACCAUUUUUUUCUGAUGGAAGUUUUUUCACUUCUGACAGAACUGUAUGCUCACACGUUCCCUCUGUGACCGGUCCGUGUGCUAAGCUAAGCUAACGCAUUUUGUCUGACUCUGGCAGUGAAUGAGCAUUUUUCCCCCCAAAUAUCAAGACUGUUCCUUUCAAUAUACAGAUGUUUCUGUCACAACAUCAGCAUCAGCAUCUUGUGUGAGUGCAUGCAUCGUUACUGAAUGUGUUUGCUUUAUUAAAAGAGCUCUGACUGUA